AUCUAUUAUAUAUAUGCAAACAAGUUACUCAAAAUAUUGCUGUAAAUCUGGCUGUAUAUGCUCAAUUUGGAUAGUCAAUAAGCGAAAUAUUGGGGUAAAGAACAAUUGCUACUUGAGAGAGAUGAAGAUGGAGACGUUUAGGGUUAGGUGCAUAGAAUGCAUCUGUGACUGAAAUGAUGGUGCUAGUGGCUGCUGUGAAGGGAACAUCCCAGCAUUAUGUGGUGAUAAUUUGGAUGUUGACAAGUCAUCUUACUCUUUUUCUCCAUGCAUUGAAAACUAUGCUCUAACACCACCAGUCUGUGGAAACACAUAUGUCACAUUAUUAUCUCUCAAAAAUAUCUCAACAUAAUUCCACCUUUUUCUUUUAUCUUUUUUUCCUCUUUAAUUUAUUUCAUUUGUUGAUGAUUUAGGAAAUAUUAGUUAAAUACACUUUUUCUUUUUUUUAAUCUUCAGGUGGAGGGAUUCAAACUCUAGACUUUUGUCAAAAAAAAAAAAAAAGAGUAAUUUUGCCAUUAAACUACCCCGUGGACUUAGUUACAUGGACUUUCUAUAUCACUUCUAGCAGCUAAUGGUAUGUGAGCGUAUUAAAGCCCAAGUGAAAAAUGCAGAUCAAGGUUGCGGAGAUUGGAAAUUUUGUACUGAGAAUCAAAGAAAAUCCAAAAAGACGAGGAGAGAAAUGAGAGAAAUCCUCCAUAUUCAAGCUGGGCAAUGCGGCAACCAAAUUGGUAGCAAAUUCUGGGAGGUUGUUUGUGAUGAACAUGGAAUUGACCCCACUGGAAACUAUGUAGGUGAUUCACAUCUUCAACUUGAGAGAGUGAAUGUUUACUACAAUGAAGCAAGUGGUGGUAGAUAUGUACCUAGAGCAGUCUUAAUGGACCUCGAACCAGGUACCAUGGACAGCUUGCGUACAGGUCCUUAUGGGAAAAUAUUCAGGCCUGAUAAUUUUGUGUUUGGUCAGAAUGGAGCUGGAAACAAUUGGGCUAAAGGCCAUUAUACCGAAGGUGCUGAACUGAUUGAUUCUGUUCUUGAUGUUGUUCGAAAAGAAGCAGAGAACUGUGAUUGCCUACAAGGGUUUCAGAUUUGCCAUUCUUUGGGAGGUGGAACUGGGUCUGGAAUGGGGACCUUGUUGAUAUCAAAGAUCAGAGAAGAAUAUCCUGAUAGGAUGAUGAUGACUUUCUCUGUGUUUCCAUCCCCUAAGGUCUCUGACACUGUGGUUGAGCCCUACAAUGCCACACUCUCUGUUCAUCAGCUGGUUGAAAAUGCUGAUGAGUGUAUGGUCCUUGACAAUGAAGCUCUCUACGAUAUCUGCUUCAGAACUCUCAAGCUCACCAACCCUAGUUUUGGAGAUCUGAACCAUUUGAUAUCAACAACCAUGAGUGGAGUAACAUGUUGUCUCCGUUUCCCUGGCCAACUCAACUCCGACCUCCGAAAGCUAGCAGUGAACCUCAUCCCUUUCCCACGCCUCCACUUCUUCAUGGUUGGUUUUGCACCUUUGACCUCCCGUGGCUCCCAACACUACAGAGCUCUCACCAUCCCUGAGCUCACACAGCAAAUGUGGGAUGCUAAGAACAUGAUGUGCGCCGCCGAUCCCCGCCAUGGCCGCUACCUCACUGCCUCUGCCAUGUUCCGUGGCAAAAUGAGCACAAAAGAGGUUGAUGAGCAAAUGAUCAAUGUGCAGAACAAGAACUCGUCUUACUUUGUUGAAUGGAUUCCAAACAAUGUUAAAUCAAGUGUCUGUGACAUUCCUCCAACUGGAUUGUCCAUGUCUUCCACAUUCAUGGGGAAUUCCACAUCCAUUCAAGAGAUGUUCAGGAGGGUCUCUGAGCAGUUCACUGUCAUGUUUAGGAGGAAGGCUUUCUUGCAUUGGUAUACAGGUGAAGGAAUGGAUGAGAUGGAGUUUACAGAAGCAGAGAGUAAUAUGAAUGACUUGGUCUCCGAGUACCAGCAAUAUCAAGAUGCUGUGGCAGAGGAUGAUGGAGAGUAUGAUGAUGAAGGAGAGUUGCUGGAGAAUUGAAGAAAAAGCUUUUGAUUUUUGUUUAUAUAUGCAUAUAUAUAUAUAUAUAUAUAUAUAUUAUGUGUGUAUGUGUAUAUAGCAGAAAAUAUGGGGGUUGGAUUUACAUUCUUUUGUGCUUGAUGAGGUUGUGAAUAAAGGGAUUUUAUGUUGAUCAAUUGGCAUUCUUACUUAUAUGUUGUGAGGAAUUUAUGAUCAUCAUAAUAUAUCUACCUAUGAGUGUAAUUUCAUAUUAUAAUUAUCUUAAGUUCUUCAUUUGAUAUGCUUGCAA